CGACGCUGAGGGCGCGCGCGGCGGUGGGCUAUUACCCCCGCUUUUCGCCAUUCUUUUUCCUGUGCACUCACCACGGGGAGCUGGAAGGAGAUGGGGAGCAGGGCGAGGUGCUCAUUUCCCUGCACAUUGCGGGCCACCCCACCUACUACGUUCCGGGACAAGAAUACCAUGUGACAAUUUCGACAAGCACCUUCUUUGAUGGCUUGCUGGUGACUGGACUGUACACGUCUACCAGUGUCCAGGCUUCACAGAGCAUUGGAGGGUCUAAUGCAUUUGGGUUUGGUAUCAUGUCUGACCACCAGUUUGGUAACCAGUUUAUGUGCAGUGUGGUGGCCUCUCAUGUGAGUCAUCUGCCCACAACCAACCUCAGCUUUGUCUGGAUUGCUCCACCUGCUGGUACAGGCUGUGUGAAUUUCAUGGCUACAGCAACACACAGGGGCCAGAUUAUCUUCAAAGAUGCUUUAGCCCAGCAAUUGUGUGAACAAGGAGCUCCAACAGAGGCCACUGUGCACCCGCAUCUAGCUGAAAUUCAUAGUGACAGUAUUAUCCUACGAGAUGACUUUGACUCCUACCACCAAAAAGAAUUGAAUCCAAACAUAUGGGUGGAAUGUAACAACUGUGAGACUGGAGAACAGUGUGGUGCAAUUAUGCAUGGCAAUGCUGUCACCUUCUGUGAGCCAUAUGGUCCAAGAGAAUUGAUUACCACAAGCCUUAAUACAACAACAGCUUCUGUCCUCCAGUUUUCCAUUGGUUCAGGUUCAUGUCGCUAUAGUUAUUCAGACCCUUGUAUCAUCGUGUCAUAUGCCAAGAAUAAUACUGCGGACUGGAUUCAGCUUGAGAAAAUUAGAGCCCCUUCCAAUGUCAGUACUAUCAUCCACAUCCUCUACCUUCCUGAAGACGCCAAAGGGGAGAACGUCCAGUUUCAGUGGAAGCAGGAAAAUCUACAAGUAGGUGAAGUGUAUGAAGCCUGCUGGGCCUUAGAUAACAUCCUCGUCAUCAACUCAGCUCACAGACAAGUUGUUUUAGAAGAUAAUCUGGAUCCAGUAGACACGGGCAACUGGCUUUUCUUCCCGGGAGCUACAGUGAAGCAUAGCUGUCAGUCAGAUGGGAACUCCAUUUAUUUCCAUGGAAAUGAAGGCAGCGAGUUCAAUUUUGCCACCACCCGGGAUGUAGAUCUUUCUACAGAGGAUAUUCAAGAGCAGUGGUCAGAAGAAUUUGAGAGCCAGCCUACAGGGUGGGACAUCGUGGGAGCUGUCAUUGGUACAGAAUGUGGAACAAUAGAAUCAGGUUUAUCACUGGUCUUCCUCAAAGAUGGAGAGAGGAAAAUAUGUACCCCUUACCUGGACACUACUGGUUACGGGAACCUGAGGUUUUACUUUGUUAUGGGCGGGAUUUGUGAUCCUGGAGACUCUCAUGAAAAUGAUGUUGCCCUGUAUGCGAAAACUGAAGGAAGAAAAGAACACAUUACGUUGGAUACUCUUUCCUAUUCCUCAUACAAGGUUCCAUCUUUGGUUUCUGUAGUCAUCAAUCCUGAUCUUCAGACUCCUGCUACCAAAUUUUGUCUCAGGCAAAAGAACCAUCAAGGACAUAACAGGAAUGUCUGGGCCAUAGAUUUUUUCCACGUCUUACCUGUUCUCCCUUCUACAAUGUCUCACAUGAUACAGUUUUCUAUUAAUCUGGGAUGUGGAACACAGCAGCCUGGAAACAGUAUCAGCUUAGAGUUUUCUACCAACCAUGGGCGUUCCUGGUCGCUACUCCACACUGAAUGUUUGCCUGAGAUCUGUGCUGGACCCCACCUCCCUCACAGCACUAUUUACUCCUCUGAAAACUACAGUGGGUGGAACCGAAUAACAAUUCCCCUUCCUAAUGCAGCACUAACCCGGGACACCCGAAUUCGCUGGAGACAAACAGGACCAAUCCUUGGAAAUAUGUGGGCAAUUGAUAAUGUUUAUAUUGGUCCAUCAUGUCUCAAAUUCUGUUCUGGCAGAGGACAGUGCACUCGACAUGGUUGCAAAUGUGACCCUGGAUUUUCUGGCCCAGCUUGUGAGAUGGCAUCCCAGACGUUCCCAAUGUUUAUUUCUGAAAGCUUUGGCAGUUCCAGGCUCUCAUCUUACCAUAAUUUUUACUCUAUCCGUGGUGCUGAAGUCAGCUUUGGCUGUGGUGUCUUGGCCAGUGGUAAGGCCCUGGUUUUCAACAAAGAUGGGAGGCGUCAGUUAAUCACAUCUUUCCUUGACAGCUCACAAUCCAGGUUUCUCCAGUUCACAUUGAGGCUGGGAAGCAAGUCUGUUCUGAGCACGUGCAAAGCCCCUGACCAACCUGGUGAAGGUGUUUUAUUACAUUAUUCUUAUGAUAAUGGGAUAACUUGGAAACUCUUGGAGCAUUAUUCAUAUCUCAACUAUCAUGAGCCCAGAAUAAUCUCCGUAGAAUUACCAGAUGAUGCAAGACAGUUUGGAAUUCAGUUCAGAUGGUGGCAACCAUACCAUUCUUCCCAGGGAGAGGAUGUAUGGGCUAUUGAUGAGAUUAUCAUGACAUCUGUACUUUUCAACAGCAUCAGUCUUGACUUUACCAAUCUUGUGGAGGUCACUCAGUCUCUGGGAUUCUACCUUGGAAAUGUUCAGCCGUACUGUGGCCAUGACUGGACCCUUUGGUAAGGAUUUCAUCUUUGUUCUUGUUGUUGCACUUUGCAUUAAGGAUUGAAACACAAAGAUGACCUUCCAAUCCAUCUAGCACUUAGUCUUUUGUGUUAAUUGAACACGAACCAUUUGAA